AUGCUUAUCGAAAACGUUCCUUUCGGAAUGGUUGUGGGCGGUGCAAAGGAAGUAUAUGAUAGCUCGUUUGACGGAAUUAUCGGAUUAGGACGUCGCGCGAUGUGCCCUGAACAUACCGAACCUGUUUUCCAUUUUUUCUCCCAAAAAGGAAUAAUGAGCCGGCAAUUUGGAUUCGAAUUUAAGGACGGCAGUGCAUCGUUCAUGAUGGGUGACAAUCUGGAGCAAUUUCUAUCCAGGGAUAUGACCUUCGUGAACGUUGUUGAUGGGCCUUAUUGGGAAACAAGUGUUGAUUGGAUAUUUGUUUUCAACACGGGGUUUAGCACUGGGGAUCACAGAAUGAUGUUUGACACUGGUGCUGGCGGAAUCAGUCUGCCGGGAGAUAUUCACAUGGCUAUGAACGAAAUUCUUGGAAUAAAAAAACAGCUGAACCGUGCAUAUGUGUUUGAUUGUGAAAAGUUGUCUUCCCUGCCUCCCGUUGAAUUCCAAAUACAAAGAAAAACAUUUAAAAUUAUGCCGAAGCAAUACACAAAACAGACGAUCAUCGAUGGAGUUGCGACGUGCGCUACUCAUUUUUACAACAUAACCGCUAACAGCCUUGUGGGUAUUGUGCUGGGAGUGUCAUUUCUACAUUCAUUCCAACUAAUAUUCGACGACCAAAUGAGUAGAGUUGGCUUUGCUGCCCGCGCUGGAAGGUCCUCCAUUUCUUAA